CUACGGUAUGUGCAAAUUAGCUACAGAUGGAUCAAAAGUCCUUGUUAUGAGAAGAAUACAGAUUAACCUGACUAUUUCACUGCAAAGGAGUAUGAAAUUGCCGAAAAAGGUUGAGGUACUAAACGAUGUUGCUAAUGGCCUUCAUUUUCUUCACAAUCAGACACCAGCCAUCAUCCACAGAAAUCUCACAGCCAAUAAUGUACUGCUCGACGUGAAUGGAAUGGCAAGAAUCAGUGAUUUUGCUGACUCCAGCAUCGUUGCAUCACUAAUCCAUGGCACCGAAGACUACAUGUCACCAGAGGCUCUUGAAGGCAAAGAGCACAAUGAUAGAAUGGAUACUUUUGCUUUUGGCCAUCUGUCAGUUUAUGUCAUCAUACAACACCGUCCCGUUCAUCUCGAAUGCUCCGAACAUGAGGUUGGUGGAAAGGUCAUUCUUCGGACUGAGGUAGAGCGACGCAAAUAUCACCUUGAUGAAAUGAAGUCAAAAUUAGAAGGUGGAGCAGAUAAUCCACUUUACCAACUCACGAUUAGCUGCUUGCAAGAUAAACCUAACAGCAGACCUUCAAGCCGUGAUAUAGUGGACACAUUUUCAAAUAUUACGGAUGAUUUUGUAGACUUUGCUUCUAUUUCGGUUCACCCUACUGGAGUUAAGCUUGGUGAAGGAGCGUAUGGUAUUGUUAUGGAGGUUGAGUGUAAAGGAAAGGUAUAUGCUGUGAAGAAAUACCAUCGUAUGACCUCAGAUGCAAUUUCAAGCUUUGAAAGAGAACACAAACUUCUUACCCAAAUCAAACACCGUAACAUUGUGUCUUGCUUUGGACUUAGCAGUUUGGCAACCGAUAAGUCAAAAGUAAUUGUCAUGCCGAAGAUGAAAAAUAACCUGACUAAGUUUUUGGAUGAGAGUCCUUGUAUUCACUUAGCACAAAAGAAUAAAAUAUUGUUAGAUAUUGCUGAGGGACUUCACCACCUUCAUAGCCAGAUGCCAGCUAUUAUCCACAGAGAUCUCACUACUAGCAAUGUGCUGCUUGACUCCAAUGGAACUGCAAAAAUCAGUGAUUUUGGGAACUCACGUUUGGUUGAUAUGGCAGCAUACUUAACGCGUAUUCCAGGAACACUAGACUACAUGCCACCAGAGGCUCUUGAAGGUGGAAAGUAUAAUGACAAACUUGAUAUUUUUUCCUUUGCCCAUCUCUCAAUCUAUGUGGUUAUUAAACCUCGACCACACCCACUACUGGGAUCCAAUUACAAAAAUGCAGUGGGAGAGCUCAUUGCCCGCACUGAAGUAGAUAGACGUCAACAUUAUCUUGAUAAAGUGAAGUCAACUAUUGGAGGUGGAGAGAAUCAUCCACUGUACGGACUCAUCAUAAGAUGUCUACAAAUUGAACCAAGUGCAAGGCCUUCAAGUGAACAUGUUAUUGCUGCUUUAAUAGGCAUUAACCGGCGCACCCCACCAGCAAGUGUCAAAAAACCUUUGAAAAGCAACAUAUUACAGAACAUGGUGGCUAUUGGUCCAAUAAAUUUAAAAUUCAUUACUCCAAGGGAUGUGUCGGCGGGGAACAGUAUUGCAGCACACAGUAAUCCUGUGCUCAGAUGCCUGCACAACACACCAAUGCCUUUAAGUAUGGUCAGUGUUGCAUCAUCAGCUACUGGAUCAUUGCAACACAGUAUUUCAGGGAAAAUAAUACCUAUCAAUGCAAGUACUCCGAAACUUAUGAGAACCAGCAUACCAAAGAAUGUGGUGUUGAUUACCUCAAUAAAUUUAGCAUAUAUUACUCCCAAGGAUGUGCCAGCAAUUAUUGGUGGGUUAAAA